AUGUCGUAUAUUCCUCCACAUAAGCGAAAAUUGAAGGAUCCAGUUCAACCUUCCCCUUUUCCAGAUUCUCUUCUUACAAAAUUCAGAAGGAACAUUGAUGACCUCAAGAGUAACUAUUUUCAAGGACAUGGAAUUGUCUAUUCAGGAAAAUACUUCACCAAAUGGUUUCUUAUUAGUUCAAAGGGAAUUGAGGACGAGGUUCCUCCUUCUGUUGAGCUUGUGCCCCUUUCCUCGGCUUCUUCUGGCUGCAUAAAUGGACUAAAGGCUUUGGUACUGCUGAACAACGACUUUCACAAAGAGAGCGAAGAAGAAGACAGAACUAGGUGGCUCUUAGUAGCAGAGAAGGUUGCUGAUGACCUUGUGUUUGCAUAUGAGCAAGCCAAUAAGAGAAAGGAGGAAGAUAAUGCUAAACUGAGGCUGGUUGCUAGGUUCGGAAAAAUUGUCUUUUAUGGGUCCCUCUCUCUAGCGUCUCUCUCUCAGACCACUCUCUUCGGCGUGUUGUCGUUACUCCUUCGGCGGUUUCCGGUUUCCGGUGGUUAUUGUUUCCCCUACGAUGAGUCAUUCGAUAACUACGUGAGACUCUCUUCUCUUCACCUCAAUCAUUUGUAA